GUAGCUCCAUCCCUUCGCCGCUCCAUAUCCCCAUGAAUGCAGGAAGAAUCAAGGUUGGGUGCCAAUCCCUCACCUCGCUCGCCGUGCGCCCUCCCUCCCUCCUCCUCCGUGUAAUACAAACCUCGUGAUCGCCCAUUCAGCAGUGCCUGCGUCUGCUGCUGCUGCUUUUUUUUUGGGGGGGGAAAUAAUAAGCCGACUCGCCGAGGGGGAGGCAAGCCAAAAGUAUCCGGGAGACAGACAGGUGUCGCGGAAGUUUACACUUGCAGAGGCGCAUCCCUCCGCGUCUUUUUUUUUUUGUCAGUAUCUGGGAUAACGUGAAAGAGACUGUAACUGGCGGUCAUCCGGCACCCACUGAUCCUGUGGUUGUCCCAGCCUCGGCCCCCGGAGCAGCAGUGCCUGUCCCUAUCCCCCUCCUCCCCUCUUGGACCAGCAGCUCAGCGUGGUGAGGCCAGGAACGAUGGGUCGGAAGCUGGACCUGACGGGCCUGACGGACGAUGAGGCGGAGCAUGUCUUAAAAGUGGUCCAGCGGGACAUGAAGCUGCGAAAGAAGGAGGAGGAGAGGCUGAGUGAGAUGAAGCAGGAGCUGGCGGAGGAAGGCAGCAGAUGCUCCAUCCUCUCCAAGCAGCACCGCUUCAACGAGCACUGCUGUAUCCGCUGCUGCGCGCCCUUCACCUUCCUGCUCAACCCCAAGCGCCUGUGCCUGGACUGCCAGUACAACGUCUGCAAGACCUGCUGCACCUACAGCAAGAGGGACAAAGCUUGGCUCUGCUCUGCAUGCCAGAAGGGCAGGAUUUUAAGGACACAGUCGCUUGAAUGGUAUUAUAACAAUGUGAAGAGUCGCUUCAAGAGGUUCGGCAGCGCCAAGGUUUUGAAGACUCUGUACAGGAAGCACAUUAUAGAGAGAGGAGCACUCUCUGAUCUCCCAGAAAGCAGUGUUCACGAGGGAAGCACCGGCAACGACAAUGAUGGCAGCAUCUGUGGCAGUGACUCCGCCUUCUACAAGCAGAGUGAAGGACACAGUAUGGCAGAGACGCUCACAGUCGCCCUGCGUGUUGCUGAGGAGGCUAUAGAGGAGGCCAUCGCUAAGGCAGAGGAGUUCAGUGACAGCUUGGAGAAGCAGAAUGAGGCUCGGUAUCUGCGGGACCACAAAGAGGAGCUCAUAGAGGAACUUGCUACAACCAUUGUACAAAAAAUCAUCCAGAGGAGGAAGCGUUCAGAGAUGCAAACAGAGUAUGACUUUGUCUGGCCUCAGCCUCAGUCCUUGAUCCAGCCCAGUGAACUCCCCUCUCCGUCUCAGCCUCAAGCUUCUUCACAAGGACCACAGGACCCCCUGAAGACCUCAUACUCCCUCUGGCGCUCACGGUCAGCGUUCUCCCUCACCAGUGACGACUCCCCAGAGAAGGGUCCAGAGGAAGAGGGCGCAGGGGCGGGUGGUGGCUUGCAAGAGUACGCUUCUCUGAAGAGGGAGGGCAAGGCCACAUCUCUGCCCACCUGGAAGAGUGUUGACCGCCUGGACAACUCCAGUGCGUCCUCAGUGCUCCAGAGCCCAGACGGUAACUGGAUUGCUCUGCACAGCUCACAGCUGUCUCGUCCCAGUCUGCUAACAAAGAGGAAGAGCCUGGUGUUCAGCGUGUUGGAAAAGGAGUCCGGCGUCGUGUCAGCUUACGACGAGAUGGGAUCCGACUCUGAGGAGGACGAUGAAGGCGGCUGGGGUGCAGCAUUGCGACAGUUCCGGCGCAAACUGUCCGAUGAGACUUACUACACGGACUCACAGCAUGACCCGGAAUGGACGUACACCCAACACCUUCCCAUUACAUCACCGUCCUCUGGCCAGUACACCAACACAGAGACUCUCAACUCAGACUCAGAGGCCUCAUCGGUUCUGUCCGCAUGUCCUCGCAAAGCACCUCACAACCUGCUGAGGAAGAAAGCUCCGCCGGACACACACCUGCACCCUCAUCACCAGCCACUCUACCACCAACACCUUCACCAGAACUACUCUCCGUAUCCGCUGCAAUCAGAGGCACUGGAUGUGAACUUUAACCCUAAGGUGAUGGGCGACAGCAGCGAAGCUGAGGAGAGGCAGAGUGACCCGGUCAGAAGAUCACGGCGACGCAGGAAAAGCAAGAGAGAGUCAUCAACAGAGCAGAGCAGGCCUGGAGGCCAGAGCCACACACAGUCCAUCUACCCAUUAGUGCAGGAGAACAGUGGUUUUCUACUCAAUGCCCUUCUGAAGAGGGGUUUAAGUGAGGAACAGUCAGUACCUGACACUAUGCCAAUGGCCACAGCUGCAUCAGACGCCUUCAAAUUGGAUGCCAUGACACCUGAGGCAGAGGACUUGGACACAGUGGCCCCAAAUUCAGCAGCCCCCAGCCCUCCACAGCCCCACUCUCUAGCUCUGGGCUCCCAGCACUCGCUGAGCUUCUCCGGGCCUGGAGACCCUCUGGAAGAGGAGAUACGAUCCAGACUCAGCCAGCUGGUCAGCCGUGCCAACAGCAAAGACAGCAGCUCAUCUGAGGAGGAGUGCACGAAGCGGCAUGCAGACAAACAGACGGAUAAAGAAAGUGACAGACAGAGAGAGAAGAUGAAGCCAAAAGACACAGAAAGAGAAAGGAAGAGAGCAAGUGACAGAUUAAGAGACAGGACCAGCAGUAAGGAAAGGGAGACAGUGGAACAAGUGAAUGGACAAGAGAUGAAAAGAAGUGAGAGACUAAUAAAGAGUCAGUCAGUGAGAGAGGAAGGAAGAGUUAGAGAGAGGAGGUUAGAGAAAGGAGUAGGAAGUUUGGAAGAGAAAGUGGGCAACCAGGAGCAAAAGAGAGGAGAUAAAAGAGAGCCGAACAGACACAGUAAGAGGCAACAUAAAAGAGAUGUGGAGAAGGAAGCUGAGCAGAAAGGAGGAGCAAGGAGGAGUGGAUCCAGCGCAAGUUCACCUGCUGUGACACCUUCUUCCCAGGAGGGGGUGCUGUCAGACAACCAGGAGGGACAGAAUGACUUGGAGCAACAGCAGAGGCUUCAGUUGCUCUCCUCUCUCUUGCAGCAGCAGAAGUACUCGGCAGCCUCUCUCUGCAGCAUCACCACAGAAGUGCUGAAGGUUUUGAACGCUACAGAGGAGCUGAUCGGUGAGGCAGGAGGUGAGAGCUACACCCCAUCUGAAUCCAUGAGUGCUUCUCCCAUCUCCAGCAGCUCCGAGACCCGCAGGCUAGACCAGAGGCUGACCAAGAUGGAGGAGAAUGUGUACCUAACUGCUGGUGCUGUGUACGGGCUUGAGGGGGCGCUUGGGGACCUGGAGCAGUGUGCCCGCAGUAUUAGCAGUGGCACAACAGACACAGAGCUGGCCUUCCUGGAAGACCAGGUGGCCACUGCAGCUGCUCAGGUUCAGCAGUCUGAACUACAGGUAUCAAACAUUGAGGCCAGGAUAUCAGCUCUAAAAACAGCUGGGUUGAAUGUGGCUGCCUGCAAUCGCUUCUCCAAGUACAAGCCAAAGGCUAAGCCUCAAACCCUGGACUCAUCACGCCAUCAAAGGAGGAAGCUUCCAGCCCCUCCACUGAAAGAAAAGUUGGAGCCAGAGCAGCAGGUGAAAGUGUUUCGGCCAUAGUGACAGUCAGCAGCACAAUGAGUCUCUCAGGGCCUCUUUAGAGCCCCAGGGACGGGGGGGCCCCUCUCAUCCAGUGCCUUGACCCAGUGUCCGCAUCCAGCUCCAGGCCAAGCAGGGGCCAACACCUGCCCUGUGUGACCCACUAAGCACUCAGCCCUCAGCCAGGCAUGGUACCACGUCAGUCAAACGCCUCACAGAAGACAUGACUGCCUCUUUCCUCUUUCCUCUUUUCCACUAUAUCCUCCAUUUUCUCCUCCUCACUGCGCACAUACAUCAAGCAAGGAUGACUCGACAGUCGGUGUCUCUGCCUUAAAAAUCUGCAAACACUCCUCACGACCCAACUGAAAAAGAAUAUCUGUACAGACAAAAUUACUCUCAUUUCGUUUUUCUAUCUGUUUGCAAGAGUAUCGUGAUUUACUGUACAAUGAAGACGUGGAAAAAUCAUGUGAAAGUUUCUGUGAUUCAAUGUCCCAAAAAGAGGCUGACCGUGUUUUAUACUGCAUCUUCCUUCUCACCAAAUGAGGAGUUUUAUCAUACUCUCAAGCCCCCUCUUGGAUGAUUGUCUUUUUCACACACAGCUAUCAGAUGGUAAUCCUCAUUUGGGGAAUGAUUGUAACACCUUUAACAUUUUAGCCAUUUUAAGAAAUUCACGCACUUACCAGAAAAGCGUGUUUAGAUGUGCAAAGUAUCAGGACCAAAACAAUUUUUGUCCUUCUUCCCUGCCACUAAAAUUGCUAGAUGGCAAAUAAUGAAACACAAAGCACAUUUGAGAAAUCUGUAAUUCUUUGUUAACAGCCUAAAAUCACAGUUCAAAGAAUAGUUGGAUAUUCUGGGACAUAUUGGCUUUUUUGCUAAGAGAUACAAGAGAAAAUUGAUACCACUCUUUUGUCUGUUUGGUAAAUAUGUAGCCUGUUAGCUUGGCAUAAAGACUGGAAACAAGGAGAAAAAAGCUAACCUGACUCUGUUCAAAAAACAAAAAAAACCCUAGCAGCACCUCUAAAAAAAAGCAUAUGUCCCAAAAUGUCAAAUUAUUCUUUAAAUAAUACCAAUUGUAAUGAUUUACUGGGGAAGUGCUUUCCCAUUUAUUUAGAAAAUGAAAUGCUGAAAACACAUUCUCAGUAGAUGCACUCGCAGCCUUAAUGUGGAAGCUGUGAGCUUUUAUAUUGAAAUGAGUCAAAAUAAGGUUUUAAUAAAGUCUGAAUGUCGGACUAACUCAGUUUAACAUAAGUCUCCAUAGGUUUGACAUUCAGGUUUGGUCAGCCUUCCCUCAUGUAGUAUUUUUCAACCUAUAGUCAUUUUCUUCCUCUCUGUCUUUUUCUUACUUUCAAAAGUUGUGGCCUUUAAUUUGAACAAAAAGGUAUUUUCAUGUUUCCCCUUUGCUGGGUCAUGUCUGAACUUUUCUGUUGCAUUCAGAAAAUCUUGUAAAGAUUUUUACAUAAUGAAGUCUGAUGGGCUAUAUAACAAAUGCCAUGAAACCAUGAUUUUGUUACAAGCAAUUUAUUUUUGUACUUUACUGAACAUUUUUAUGCAAUACCACUGAAAUAAGUACUAUUGCAAAUUGAAGGCUUUAUUCUCUCCUCAAAGGAGCCCUCCUCAGUCAGUCCUAUCAGACUUUCUCACGUGUGGUGACUCAAAGUGCUUUCAGUGUAUGCCUGCAUUUACCAUUUGAUAUUCUGCCAGUAAUGACGAUGGUAAAUGUUACAAAAACACGGGUGACAACAGGCAUUUUUGGAGCGGCUAGUACGAUUCAUACUGUAUUUGUACUCCUUAAACACUCUCUUUGAGAAUACUGCCUUUCAUUUUUGAGUUAUUUUUCUUUAUUCUGUCGCCACUUACAUUAGUCAGAAUCUCAGUUAAUCAUGCAUACACUUGUCCAAAGUACAGCUUAAGAGCAGAUUUGGAUUUUCUGAUGUACUGCUUGAACUAAAAGGUGUGAUGAUCUUCUGUAUGAAUGCUCUACCCCUUCUAUUAGUGACCUUUUCAUCCCAGCCUUUCACAUCUCUGUUUUUUGCACAUUGAUCCUGUACUUUCGUCAACCUUGUUCUCCAGAGGUGUCGAUGUAUAAAAGCAUGUUUCUGGUUUUAUCAAAAUUGAUGUAAAAUUUCCCAUGAGAAGCACAGCCACAAGGGUCCAAUCAUCAGUGUCCUGUAUUUUUCUAAUGUAAAAAAAUAUUAUAUCAUCACAGAAUUUGUUAAUAUAUGUAUAUGUGUGAAAAGAUGGAUAUGAUAUAUAAUAAUGUGUGUAUUGCCCAAUCAUAGUUGACCAAUCUUUCAGUGUUGUGUGCAAAAGGCUGUGUAUAAUUGUCAUGACUUGUAAGGCUGGAUUCAGACGGGAAGUCUACUGUGUCCCAGAUACUCCGAAAUGAUGACAUUCACACAGAGCUAAAAACAAAUCUUACUUAAUCCAGUGUGAAUGACUACAAUAUGGUUUCCUGUGCACAGCUCCACAGGUGGGCCAUUCACUUUUAUGUGCAAUCGUUUGUUGCAAUUCAUAUGACAUGUUGGGGAAAAUAUUAACAAGCAAAAAACACAGAUUCUCUAUGUGCCACAGUACUCUGAGAAAAACAUGUAUUAUGAAAUGAAUAAAAUUUGCAAACUUAAA